AAGGCACACCUAGCAAACGAAAGCACCUUGAAUAACGACUUUAUUAAAUAGUAACAUACAUUACAUUUUUGUUGCGCACUGUACUGUAUACUGUACAUUGUAAAUUAAAUAUUUUCAAUUUGAAGUAGGUAAAACCUAUUUAUUUAUUUUCAAGUGACGAAAAAUAAGUGAAUUUAUGCAAUAAUAACAUAAUAGCAUUUAUCAUGGUAGUCAAGUAUUUUUAGGUGAGGAUUUUUGUAAAUAACAAAGCAAUUACAUACAUUGAUCUCCGUUAUCAUGAAAGUAAUAAAUAAUGCUAUAAAUUCUACUGGCAGUUAUUGGAGGAACAAAAUAUAAGAACACAAUAUUUCAUAAAAUACAAAAUGUACAACUAAAAACAUUGUUGAUUUUCAAGAUGAGAAUUCCUAAACCCUUCAACCCUCGUCUGCAAGGACAGAUUAUCAAAAGAUUUGGUGUGUAUGAAAAAGUGGUCCCAGUAAAGACUACACCUAGUAGAAUUGUACCAGAACAUAUUGAGAAGCCCUAUUAUGUCACCAGAAGAGAGUUCACAGUCCCAAAAAUGCCUGAAAUCAAAGAUGUUAAUCAAAUAAGAGGAAUGAAAAGGAGUUGCAAAUUAGCUUCUAAUAUAUUGGGACAAGUGCAAAAAUAUGUACAGCCAGGAGUCACAACAGAUGACAUAGACAAAUUGGUGCAUGAUUUGACCAUAGAAGCUGGUGCGUAUCCUUCACCGUUACACUAUCAAGGUUUCCCUAAAAGUGUCUGCACAUCUGUUAAUAAUGUAGCAGUCCAUGGCAUUCCAGAUCUAAGGCCCUUACAAGAUGGAGACAUUGUAAAUGUGGAUAUAACAGUAUUUUAUAAAGGAUUCCAUGGAGACUGCUCCAAAACUUUCCUCAUUGGGUCUGUUGAUGACAGAGGCUUAGAGUUAGUUGGGGUAACAGAAGAAUGUUUAGAAAUAGCAACAAGAUUGUGUGCUCCAAAUGUGCCAUUUAGUGAAAUUGGAUCUCAAAUAUACAGACAUGCAAAGAGAUGCGGGCUCACUGUACUGCCGGCGUUUCUGGGGCAUGGCAUCGGCCAGUAUUUUCAUGGUCCUCCUGAUAUUUAUCACAUAAUUAACGACUACCCUGGAUCAAUGAAGCCUGGAAUGACAUUUACCAUCGAGCCAGUACUAUCUCACGGCAGUGAGAACACAGUUAUAUUAGAAGAUGGGUGGACUGUGGUCACCGACGAUGGUUCCAGGGCCGCACAAGCAGAACACACCGUUCUUAUAACAGACAAUGGGGCGGAAAUUCUCACUAAAUAAAUAAAUGGACAUAUUUCUUGCAUAGGAAAUAGGCAGAGCUAUUGAAAAGUACCUAAAAGUAAUCAGAGAUCUUGCAUGUUUGUUGUUAUUGUUACUGUACUGUACGAGUAGAAUCACAUGGCUGUUAGUUAUAUAUAAGCAUUUAUAUAGAUGGUAUUCGUUAAUUUGAUUGAAUGUUUAUGAAAUUAUUUUUUUUAUUAAUGUGCAAUUAAUAUCUAGUUAUAACAAUUUUGUAAUAUCCAAGAUUUAACGUCUUAUUGUUGAAUAGUUAAAAGGUUUAAGUUAUAUGAAAAUCGUGUUAUGUAAAAAUAAAACCAAAGACUGUGUGUG